AGUGCUCAGAAAUACCAAACAUUGUUGACGAGCAGACAAUUUUCACUGAUUUCGAUGAGCAAAAUAAUAUAAAAUAGCGCGAUUUGUAUAAACUUACCAUGAAUAAUAAAGAAUCAGAUUUGGAAUUUGUAAAAUUGGUAGAGAGUUAUCCAAUACUUUAUGCCAAAGAACAUACGCGUGGCCACAAAAAUUCCAGCUUAAAAAAUGACGUUUGGCGAGAAAUUUCACAAAUUCUAAAAAAGUCCGAAGUGGCCUGUAUCACCAGAUGGAAGUCAAUUCGUGAUCGUUUUGGAAAGGAAUUUCGGCGGCAACAGCUUAAUCCCACAGAGGUGACAAAUUGGGAGCUAUUUCCGCAUUUAUGGUUCCUAAAGGAUCACUACAAACAAGGAUGUGCAAGUAACAGUGAUGUAGUUGAAUGCAUAAAAUAUGAACCAAAAGUAAAGAAACGUAAGAUUACAAAAACCGAAGAUUACCUGGACGAGGAUUCUGGAGAAAAUAGCGACAUAAAAAUAACCCCCGAGGAGCUGGCACUAAAUCAAAACAUAAUUGCAUUGGUAAGAGAACAUGAUGUGCUCUAUGAUCGUAAAAGGGUGAGAGAUUCCAAAAAUUUGACGGCCAAAAAUGAGGCUUGGACAACCAUUGCAAGUACUCUGGGAAUAUCGGAGGAAACGUGUUACAAUAAAUGGAAAAAAUUAAGAGAUCGAUUUUCUCGCGAAUACCGUCAACUUCAGUUAAAUCCCGAGAAACCCAUUACUUGGAUAUAUUUCAACGAUCUGAGGUUUUUGGAAAGCCAUUAUCGAAAAGGGGUCCCAUUGCCUAUCGAAGAAAUUAAACGUAGAGAGAAACCCGUUGCCACUACCGUGGUAUCGCAUCCUGCUGCCGAUAAUCCAUGGGGAGAUGAUUAUAGCCGUGCAUAUUACUCUGAAAACGAAGAUCACCAUGAGGAAAACGAUUUAAUAACGGAGGAGACAGAAAUACAGGAUCUUCAAGAGCAAAGUUUUGAUGAAUUUCUAUUUCUACCAAACAAAAAAAUAUGCCUAAGCAAUAGCAAGCCCAAUACCAAUCAGCAACAAAUACAACAAUUAACCUAUCAUGUGGCAGAAAUUGCACCCACAACCUAUAUAUCGGGAACACAGCCAUGUACUUCUACAACAAUCACAACCUCGGAGCAGAACAGUCCACAAAUGGAUCCGGAGGACAAACUCACUAAUGUUAUCCUAAAUAUGGAAAAUGUUUUACGUCAAUCGCAAGAUUGUCUUAAAGCAAUACAAACACAAAAGGUACAUCAUCAAAAUGAAUUGCAACAACAACAGCACAAUAACCUCAGUAUGCAAUCGGAUAUGCUGCAAAAAGUACAGAUAUUACUGGAUGGUUUGCAUCCUGAACAAAAAACGAAGGCAGAACGUAAGAUUUUGCAAUUUCUAUGCGAAUGUCAAAUAAAGAUAUUAAACAAUGAGGAAGUCAACGAUGUCGCACCUGUACACAUAUAUUGACAAGAAACUAUUCAUAUUUGUUUUUAAAAGAAAAAGAAGAAUGAUUUGUUACUGAACGGAUGAUGUACGAUUUUCUAUAAAUAAUACUUCUCUUAUUUACAUUCAUAAUGAUAAUGUAAAAAUUAUUGAAAUAAAUUCUAAUAAUUUAUAAGUUGAA